UAUCCCAGAAGUAUCGUGCUGCGUAGACGGGAAGAGGCAGCACUGCUGCUUCUUCGCUCGUCCCUAUUUACGUUCGCCACUAACUCCGAUCCAGGUGGCUCCCCCUCUCCCAUUCCGCCCUUCUCUUCGCCUCUCCGCGUGAUCCAGUGAUCAGUGAAUUCCCCUCUCCCUGACCCGGCGAUCGGCGCAACCCCUCACUUCCGACGUGCAGAUCGGCCGACUUCGCGGGCUCUCCACCGACCUCCGCGCCGGCCGACCACGCAUCGAUCCAGAUCCAGCAUAUGGUGUGUCUCUAAUAUUCAGCGCACUUGUUGUACAGUGGAGCCAUCUUCUACCAUUUUUUUUUCUUCAAAGUAAUCCUGGUAAAGUUGCUCCCUGAUGUCAACUGCAAAAGUGUUGGAUCCUGCUUUUCAAGGAGCUGGCCAGAAAGUUGGGACAGAAAUAUGGCGAAUUGAAGAUUUUAAGCCAGUUCAGUUACCAAAAUCUGAUCACGGUAAAUUCUACUGUGGAGAUUCAUACAUAGUUCUGCAGACAACCUGUACUAAAGGCGGUGCUUAUCUGUACGACAUCCACUUCUGGAUUGGGAAAGAUUCGAGUCAAGAUGAAGCUGGGACUGCAGCCAUCAAGACAGUUGAACUUGAUUCUAUCCUUGGUGGUCGUGCAAUCCAGCAUAGGGAACUCCAAAGUUAUGAAUCUGACAAAUUCCUGUCAUACUUCAAGCCUUGCAUUAUACCUUUGGAGGGUGGUUUCGCAUCUGGGUUCAAAAAGCCUGAAGAGGAAAAGUUUGAAACACGACUGUAUAUUUGCAGAGGGAAGAGAGCUAUUCGGGUUAAAGAGGUUCCCUUUGCUCGUUCAUCAUUAAACCACGAUGAUGUGUUUAUCUUGGAUGCUGAAAAUAAGAUAUAUCAGUUUAAUGGUGCUAACUCGAAUAUCCAAGAAAGGGCCAAAGCAUUGGAAGUGAUCCAACAUUUAAAGGAGAAGUACCAUGGGGGUGUGUGCGAUGUUGCCAUAGUCGAUGAUGGGAAAUUACAAGCAGAGGGCGACUCUGGUGAAUUCUGGGUUCUUUUUGGAGGUUUUGCACCAAUUGGAAAAAAAACCGUGAACGACGAUGAUGUUGUACUUGAAACUACAGCACCAAAGCUCUACAGCAUCAAUGACGGUCAAUUGAAGUUGGAAGACACUGCUCUUACAAAAGCUGUGCUUGAGAAUACCAAAUGUUUCUUACUUGACUGUGGAGCUGAAAUAUAUGUAUGGGUUGGCCGGGUAACACAAAUGGAGGAUAGAAAAUCUGCCAGUAAGGCGGUUGAGGAAUUCAUUAUCAAUCAAAAACGGCCAAAGACAACAAGAGUGACUCAAGUGAUUCAAGGUUAUGAGAGUCAUGCUUUCAAGUCCAAGUUUGAAUCAUGGCCAGUGGGUAAUGCCGCCGGGAACUCUGGUGCAGAGGAAGGACGGGGAAAAGUUGCAGCUUUAUUGAAGCAACAAGGUGUUGAUGUCAAGGGAGCUGCAAAAAGCAGCCCUCCAGUAGAUGAGGAAGUUCCUCCUUUGCUUGAAGGCGGUGGAAAACUCGAGGUAUGGUGCGUUGAUGGCAAUGCUAAGACUGCCCUGCCAAAAGAAGACAUUGGAAAGUUUUACAGUGGAGACUGUUAUAUCAUUCUCUACACAUAUCAUUCAGGCGACAAGAAAGAAGAAUAUUAUCUCAAUUACUGGAUUGGGAAGGAUAGCUUGGCGGAUGAUCAUACGAUGGCAUCUCAAUUAGCUAAUACAAUGUGGAAUUCAUUGAAAGGACGGCCUGUUCUGGGGCGUAUUUAUCAAGGGAAGGAGCCACCACAGUUUGUUGCUCUUUUUCAACCCAUGGUUAUCUUGAAGGGUGGAAUUGGAUCUGGAUACAAGAAGCUCAUAGAAGAAAAGGGCAUGACUGAUGAGACUUAUUCUGCUGAAGGCAUAGCUCUAAUUCGAGUAUCUGGGACAUCAAUCCACAACAAUAAGGCGCUUCAAGUUGAUGCGGUGGCAACAUCUUUAAGCUCAACGGAGUGUUUCGUAUUGCAAUCCGGGAAUGCAAUGUUUACGUGGCUUGGCAAUUCUAGCACUUACGAGCAGCAUCAGUGGGCAGCGAAAGUUUCUGAGUUUUUUAAGCCUGGUGUGGCAGUGAAGCAUUGCAAGGAGGGGACAGAGAGUUCUGCUUUCUGGUUUGCUCUUGGUGGAAAACAGGGCUAUACAAACAGAAACGCCGCUCAGGAUAUUAUAGCUAGAGAGCCUCACUUGUAUGCCUUCUCAUUUAAGAAUGGGAGACUGGAGGUUACUGAGAUCUUCAACUUUUCCCAAGAUGAUUUGUUAACUGAAGACAUGAUGAUAUUUGACACACAUGGUGAGGUCUUCAUUUGGAUUGGUCAGUGCGUCGAAUCAAAAGAAAAGCAGAAGGCAUUUGAUAUUGGCCAGAAAUACAUAGAGCAUGCAAAUUCUAUUGAAGAUCUUUCUCCGUAUGUACCACUAUAUAAAGUCAUAGAAGGGAAUGAACCAUGCUUUUUCAAGACAUACUUCUCUUGGGAUAAUACAAAAUCCGUGGUUCAUGGAAAUUCGUUCCAGAAGAAACUCUCACUACUUUUUGGAUUGCGUUCUGAGAGCGCAUCUAAGAGUUCUGGUAAUGGUGGACCCACUCAAAGGGCAUCUGCAUUAGCAGCUCUAUCAUCUGCAUUCAAUCCAUCUUCCCAACAAAAGCAGUCUAAUGAGAGGCCUAAAAGCACAGGCGAUGGACCCACUCAACGCGCCUCAGCACUUGCUGCCUUAUCUAAUGCAUUUAAUCCAUCCUCAAAAACCAAAACCCCUUCUCCGUCUCGUUCAGGUCGAGGUUCUCAAAGAGCAGCUGCAGUAGCUGCACUGUCCUCUGUACUGACUGCUGAGCAAUCUGGAUCUUCAGAAAAUCUUCGAGCUAGCAAGGCUAGCAGCACAGCAGAUAAGACUGGUGAAGGCCAUUACAGACUUGCUGGCAUAUCCCCCCUUCAAAAUUUGACUCCUUUAAUCAAUGCAGACACCGACAGGGUCAUAAUAACUCCAUCUGGUACAUCUUCUCCUCAGUCUGAAGCUGGGGAUUCUUCUGUAUUUCACCAAGAGAAAGAUGCUGCAGUAGAUGGGGCACCAUCUGAGGCUGACGGAGCAGAGUCUGAGGCCCAAGAGGAAGAAACAACAGAGAAUGUGGGUGAAGCAACAUUUAGCUACGACCGCUUGAUAUCCAAGUCUACCGAUCCAGUUCGUGGGAUAGAUUACAAACGCAGAGAGGCAUACUUAUCAGACAGUGAAUUCCAAAGUGUUUUUGGCAUGAUUAAGGAUGCGUUCUACCAACAGCCAAGUUGGAAGCAAGAACUACAGAAACGGAAAGCAGAUCUCUUCUAAGAUCAUGCUCCUGAACAAGCCUUGUUUCUAGUGUCUACUACAAAAUGAGAUCCCCUUCUCAUGGUUGGUCCCAUGAGAGUAAGUCUAUUCUAUUGUUGGUCAUUCUCUGUGGACGGCUACUGGUGGCUUGCUCAGUUGGUUUUUGCAAAUUUAUAGGUCAAUUCUUUUAUUUGUACAUGGCCUGAGUUGUGUUGCUUGUGAGGUCCUAAUACGCUCUAGCUUGCUUUAUGACUGUCCAUAUGUGUAUAUCUUUUUCAUGCGUUUGUCACGUAUGGUCAUUUCCUGGUAGGUCAUCAUUGUAUUGUCAUUCGGAUGUAUUGCACACAAAAAUAUUUGUGCUAUCUGUUUGCUGUUGAUGGUUGACGAUUGUUGGGGCUUGGAACCCUCUGUUAAA